CCGAGCGAGGCGCCGGGAGCCGGCCGACCGGCCGCGUCCGCGCAGUGGAAGAAGUCCCAGACCCGUGCUUGCUGCCUGACUUCAGGGCGCCUUUUUACAUCCCUGGGCAAAGUGGAGCUGUAUCCGUCCCUUUAGAACACACACCAGUGUUUUGUGAGUGGAAGUCACAACGGACUUAUAGAGGAACAGCUAAAUCAACAGGAAACCAGAAGAGUUGACCCCUCACUCGCUCGCUGGCUUCAGUCUUCAUGACACCGUCCUGGCUUUUACUUUCAUACUGCUUUUCUUCGCUGGUUGAAGACAUGUUCCCCACCGCAGUGUAGAGACCAACUACCAGGUUGUCUUUCUUAAGACACGCGACUUUGACCUGCCCAGUCAGGGUGGCCAGAAUGCUGCUCCUCUGCCACAUUCUAGCUGUCACCAUCCUUCAGAUCUUGAUCGUCUCAGAGAACUGGGUGUUUGCGAAGAACAUCAACUUCUACAAUGUGAGGCCCCCUCUUGAUCCCACACCAUUCCCAAACAGUUUCAAGUGUUUUACUUGCGAAAAUGCAGGGGAUAAUUAUAACUGCAAUCGAUGGGCAGAAGACAAGUGGUGCCCUCAGGACACACAGUAUUGUUUGACAGUUCAUCACUUCACCAGCCAUGGAAGAAGUACAUCCAUCACUAAAAAGUGUGCCUCUAAAAAUGAAUGUCAUUUUGUUGGCUGCCGACACAGCCGAGAUUCGGAACACACGGAGUGCAGGUCUUGCUGUGAAGGGAUGAUCUGCAAUGUAGAGUUGCCCACCAACCACACAAAUGCAGUCUUCGCUGUAAUGCACGCUCAGAGGACGUCUAGCAGCAGUGUCCCCGGUGUCCCCAGACCCUACCUCCUGGUGCUGGCCUGGCUCUUCAUGCUUCCCUUGCUAUGAUGUUGCCGUUCCCAAGAGAAGCAGAGACCAGCAAUGUAAAGCACAGAAACAGUGGGCCAGUGAACUCUGGAGCGAAGGUCCAUCUUGCACUUGAGAAAGAAGAUGCAUUUGACUACAACAUAGAAGGCAAAGGUUUGCUUUGCUGAAAUGCUCCUGCAUGAGGUCAGAGCACUGAGUAUGAGGACUUGGUAGGAACCAAGAGGACUACCUAACACCCAGUGUUCUGUUCCAGAGAUGCUGCAUUUUGUCAGUUCUAUAGAAGAGCCAACCAGCAUUUUUGACUGCAACAGUAGCUUAAUAAGCCCAGGCCCGAUUAGGCCUUCACCUGGAAGGACUUUUUUUGACCUCAUGGACUCCCUCAGAGGCUGCUGGGUCAGACUCUGGUUUCUGUGGCUAGCUUAGAGCAUCUCUGAAAUGUAACCCUUCUGCCCAUGGGAAAGCCAUCUCUACCAUGUUAAUGUUCUAUUACUGUAAUAAGUACCAUUUGUAAAGAUAAAUGGUUUGUUUGGGCUCACAGUUUUAGAGAUUGCAAUAUAUACUGGUUUGGGGCCUGUGUUAGAGAGUGAGUAGCCACUUAUAAAUAGAAACUUGAAAAGGGGGAGAAGAUGGGCUGGAGAGAUGUCUCAGCAGUUAAGGGCAGUGCCUGAUCUCCCAGAGGACCCAG